AUGAAUAAGAUCCAAACUGCAGAUGUUCUUCCCAAGAGGAAAAAGCAGAGAGGGAUGCAGCUUUCGGCACCCUCAAACAGCUACAAAAUACAGUUUAAUGACAUUGUCAUUUUUAUUCUGGAGAGGAAAAUGGGAGUGACCAGGAGAAUGUUCUUGAUGGACCUAGCAAGGAGAAAAGGCUUCAGGGUAGAAAACGAGCUAAGUGAUUCUGUCACCCACAUCGUGGCGGAGAAUAAUUCUUGUGCUGAAAUGUUACAAUGGCUGAAGGGCCGCAGGAUGGGAGACCGUUCAGGAUUCAGACUCCUUGACGUCUCGUGGUUGACAGCCUGCAUGGAGGCUGGGAAGCCGGUGGAUUCAGAGAAAUACCGGCUCCUGAUAUCCCGAGAUCCGAGGGAGAAUCGGAACUUGUCUCCCCCUCGGACGAAGCCAGUAACCUCACAGAAAAUCUCCCAAUAUGCAUGUCAGAGGAGGACAACUUCAAAUAAUUACAACAAAAAAUUCACGGAUGCCUUUGAAAUACUGGCUGAAAACUAUGAGUUCAGAGAAAAUGAAGGCCCUUGCCUUGCAUUCAGGAGAGCUGCAUCGGUGCUAAAGUUCCUUCCAUUUACUGUAAUGAAAGCAAAGGAUAUUGAAGGAUUGCCCUGGAUGGGAGAACAAGUCAAAGGAGUCAUUGAGGAUUUUCUAGAAGAAGGAGAAAGUCCUAGAGUGAAAACUGUGCUAAGCUGUGAAUACUACAGAUCAUUUAAGCAAUUUACGUCUGUUUUUGGAGUGGGACUGAAGACUUCUGAAAAGUGGUACAGGAUGGGUUUGCGGACCCUGGAAGAUGUACAAAAGGACAAGAGCUUGAAACUGACAAGAAUGCAGAGAGCAGGAUUACUACACUAUGAAGACCUCAUCAGCUGUGUAUCUAAGGCAGAAGCAGAUUCCAUUGCCCUAAUUGUGAAGGAUAUCGUGUGGAGAUUUUCCCCUAGUGCUUUAGUGACUUUGACUGGUGGUUUCAGAAGGGGAAAGAAGACGGGACAUGAUGUAGACUUUUUGAUUACCAUUCCGGAAGCAAGGCAGGAAGAAGAACUGCUACACCAAGUGAUUGACGUUUGGAAAAAGCAGGGAUUGCUCUUAUACUAUGACAUUAUUGAAUCGACGUUUGAAAAGACAAAGCUGCCAAGCAGAAAAGUUGAUGCUUUAGAUCAUUUUCAAAAAUGCUUUGCAAUUUUAAAGUUACACAAGGAAAGAGGCGAUCACAGCAGUUCCAUUGUCUCAUAUGAUUCAACUGAGGAAGAAGUGAAAGACUGGAAAGCAAUCCGAGUGGAUCUGGUUGUCAGCCCCUUUGAACAAUAUGCAUUUGCUCUGUUAGGAUGGAGUGGAUCAAGGCAAUUUGCACGUGACUUGCGGAGGUAUGCCACCCAUGAAAGGAAAAUGAUGCUGGAUAAUCAUGCUUUAUAUGAUAAAACAAAGAGAAUAUUUCUGAAUGCUGUGAAUGAGGAAGACAUUUUUGCACACCUUGACUUGGAUUACAUUGAACCAUGGGAAAGGAAUGCAUAA